UGAAGAAAAGUGCGGAUGCGGACAUGCUAAUGCUGUGAUCAGCUGCAGACUCGUCCUGCCCUUCUACAUCUUGAACAGUGGGAGUCAUGAACCGCUGCAAGGUGACGCGUCCUCUCAUUUCAUGCCAAACUUCAGCCACAACACGCGCUGCGAUAUUUGUCACCGUGGACUGACACUAAACUGCGGCUGGGCUUGUUAUACAUGAACCAAACGGAUUAGAUUAGAGAAGGAACUGUGCAUCUUGCGGAGAAGUGAAGGGAGCAAGGGAGCGAGCGAGCAAGCAAGCAGCAAGCGGUGGUGGCGGUGGCGGCUGCAGCGGCGGCCACUCCGGGGAAUGUCUGCUGGCCGUCAGUCCUCACAUCGGCCUCUUCUUCACGUCGCGCUGCCAAUAAAUGGGACAUAUGUGCAGGAAUGUCCCAGGAGAGCCAUGACAGUGUUACAGAUGAAGUGUGAGCACUGCCACUAAACCAUGUGAGGGUGACAGACAAUACUCCAUACCACACCUUUUUCUGCCAUCAGCCAGUCAAAUGCACACGGAUAAUAAACUAGCCAAUCAUGGCAAACAGGUCAGUAGUGAGAGUCAAUCCCACAACCCCAUUGUAAACCAGCAGGCUCAGCAGCAGCAGGGCCCAAAAGGUGUCGGUGGCAAUGGAGUCAAGAGCAGCCAAGUCUCCCCUGGCAGUCACGCUCUUAAGUCUGUGAGCCAAUCAGUUAGCUCCGCUGGAGGGAUGCUGAAGACCAAAACAAAGCGGGAGCGCAGUGUCUCCAUGGACUCAGAUGAGAGACAUGUGCGCACAUCUGUGGAGAGCGAUGCCAAAGGAGAAGGCAUCAUGCGCAGUAAGCGACGCUGUGUUUUGGAGAGAAAGCAGCCCUAUAGUGGAGAUGAAUGGUGCUCUGGACCUGACACAGAGGAAGAUGAAGAGAAGCCACAAACUCUAAUCCACAGAGAAAAGACCAUGGUGGGUCCUGUUCCGGGUCUACGUGAUCUCAAAUCAGAACCUGGACCAGAGAUGAAGGUGGAACCCAAACAGACUUUAAAGCAACUAGUGUAUGUUUUCACAACCAGCCUAGCCAACAGUGCUGCAGAUGCUGUAUUAAAAGGCCAGAGUGAUUCCAUUCUUCUUUUUCACCAGCAAAAUGUUCCUCGCUCUAAGUUGGAACAGGCCCAUCCAGCAAGAAAAAAGACCUCUAACAUGCCAGAGAAAGUGAGAUCUAGCAGCUCCCCACCCAGUUCCACACCUAAAUCCCAAAGUGGAACUCCACGGCCAUCAUCAGCAGGUGUAAUGGGCAUGGCACUUCGAGUUGGGACUCCACCUUCAUCCACCAGUGAAAUUGCCCAGACUAGAACCAGCGAGGCAUCCCAUACAAGUUUCACCAGAUUAGAGGGUGGUAGUUUGCCAGCAGACCAAGUACCAGCAACUAGAGAUGGAGAGUCAGUUGGAGGUAUGGUUCUUCCUAUUCCAACAGUUUCUCCUUCUCAAAGCCCUACUGUUCAGUCUAUACACCCACAAAGUGCUCAAGCUCCCAGACUGUGCCCUGAAAAUCUUUCUAAAGAGCAGCUAGAACACAGAGAGCGGUCUCUGCAGACACUGAGAGACAUUGAGAGACUGUUUCUGCGCAGUGCAACUAAUGCUGGGCCUGGAGAUCCAGACAGCACCAGUAACCAUCCCAACAACCUGCCUAGCGUUACAGAAAGGAGUGGCGUUCUGGAUGGCAAUAGCAAUGGAAGGGCUAUUUCUGGAAGCGGUACUAAUAAUAAUGUGCUUUCCUCAUCUCCAAUGGGGAAUAUGAGGAAAUAUGAGGAACCACUCCAAUCAAUCAUUUCUCAGACAGAGUCACUGCGUGGACCACCAAUAGAACAUCAUGAUAUAGACCACCCUCAUCACCAGAUGUCCCCAUCUGGGGUGGAUAUUGGUCAUUUACUUGGUCCAGAUGGGCUGACUCCUGAACAAAUUGCCUGGAGAAAACUCCAAGAGGAAUACUAUCAAGAGAAGCGAAGACAACAGGAGAUACAACCUCCGGUUCAUUCUGAAAAUUAUAGAGUAUCUGAAAUGGGAAUGCCUGGAGGUCCAAUGAUGAUGAGAGGACCACCUCCUCCCUACCAUAGCAAACCUGGGGAGCAGCAAUGGGCAAACAACAUGAUGGGUGGGGGAGUUAGAGGAAAUACACAAAUACUAGACAUACCAGAAGGACCUCAGGGCCCCAGAUUUUUAGGUCAUAUCUCAAGAGGCCCACCAGCAGGAGGUUUUCCUGGUAGUCCAGGGCCAUUUCCUUUGGAUGGUGUAGGACACCAAAGGGCAACUAGACCAGGAAUGCUCUGGUUAGAUGAAAUGCCCAAUAAUAAAGGACCUGGAAGUCAGUUUCAAGGCCUCUAUACUGGUGGGCCUCCUCAGCACUUGCAAAGUAAUAUAGAAUCUUCUAAUCAUCUAAUUGCACGUGAGGAAAUAUUUAAUAUUUUAGAAAAACGUCAGAUGCAAGGACUUCCGAGAAGUGAACUUGUUCGACUGGCUAAACAGCUGCAAUUCAACAUGCAACGACCUAAUCGGGUGAUUCGCCGAGGUACACCUUCUCAAAAUGAUUCCAUGGACUUUCCUGGCUCACAUGUUAUUUUGGGUUCACCUGGAGCUGGCCCUCAGAUAAAGGACUUGGUAGAUUCUCCUCUUGGGAGUAAUAAUCCUCUGAAUAUGAAACAAUCCAUUAAUGUACAGCAACAUCAGCAGCUGAAUUUAACUCAAAAGCUUAGAAGUUCAUUGGAAGUUGGAACAUUAAGUGAAAUUUUUGGCCCUGCUGCAAUGUCCCAAGCAAGAAACUCACAAAAUAGACGAGAAGAAAAUAGGGGAUUUAACCCUGGACCUGAUGGUCCUUUUCACUUUCCAAACCCAGGUCCUUUCACUGGAGGACAUGUUGAAGGGCCUUAUCUUCAAACCGAUUCUGAAAUGUUCGAAGAGCAAGGCCCAAACCAGAUGGGAGGUACGAUGCGGCUCAGUCAUAUGCCAAUGACAGAGGGCUUUAAGGGUCCAGAUGCCAGAGCAAGACACCCUUCAGAUCCAACGCUGAACCUUCAUCCUUUAGCCUCUCCAUCACUUCCUGCACCUCAUCAGCUCAAUUCUCCGUCAAUGGACCAAGUCCCAUCACCUCUUCUGCCUUCAUCCUCAGGGGCAGGAAUAAAGUCACCUUCCCAGAUGUCUUCUGGGGCACAUCAGCCUCCUCUUCCUCCAGCAUCAGGGGCUGGGACUCCUUCUUCCAUUAAAUCUCCUCAAGUAGUUGGCUCUUCCACCCAUGGGCUGCACUCUCCCUCAGCCUCACCAGGACAACUCAAGUCUCCUGCUGUUAGCGGAGCUGCUGGCUCUCCUGGAUGGACAUCUCCAAAACCAGCUCUUCCAAGUUCUGGUCCUGCCAGUGGCAAAAUGGUGGGCAAUGGAGGACCGUCUCUUGAGACGGGUCAGUCACUGCCUCCCAGAAGUUCCAGCUUAACACCUAUUAGUCAGCCAGGCUGUACAAACACAAGUGUACCAUUUACUUCCUCUACCGAGGCACCUCCUUCACAGAAUCCUCUGUCGUUAAUAAUGUCUCAGAUGUCCAAAUAUGCUAUGCCCAGUUCCACCCCUCUCUAUCAUGAAGCAAUCAAAACACUUGCCAGUUCUGAUGAUGAGAUGCUGCCAGACCGCCCUCUUCUGUCUGGUGUGUGCAUCGGAGGAAACACCCAGGUAUCCCAGUUGCUUGGUCCAGAACCACAAAGCCCCAUCAGCCACGGUCAACAGCAGCUCUCUCAUGAUGCAACAGGACCAAUGCUUUCCUCACCAAACCAAAUGGCUCUGUCCUCCAUGAACUCUGUGAUUGGAGCUGGUGCCCCUGAUGGAAUAGUUUCAUCUUUAUCUCAGAACCAGAUGGGAGGUUUUCCUCGCCUGCAGCCUCAUGGGCCCUUGCAUUCACCUGUGGGAGCAAUGGUCCAGAACUUCACACAGUCUAAUGACAAUAUCCUGCCUCCUCAGCAGCUGCACAUGAUCAGUAAAGGUCACCCACACCAACGACCAUCAGAUUCAUUCAAUACUUUGCCUAUGGGAAAUGGCCCAGAUCUAAGUGAAGUAAUACGCCCUACGCACACAGGUAUUCCUGAGUUUGACCUUUCCAGAAUCAUUCCUUGUGACAAACCCAGUAGUAUACUUCAGUAUUUUCCCAAGAGCAAUACAGCUCAUCAGAAUCCAUCUCAAGGACCACCAUCUCAGCACAGUUCUUCACAGCAGCUACUCAAACAACUGUCUUCGUCUAUUGCUCACAGCAGUGGCCCUUCAUCAAACCCACACAUAGCUAACCUACAAAAUAUGAUGGCGGAACAACAGCUGCAGCCCCUGUCACAUAGUGUAGGGCGCCAAGGCAUGGGAGCUUCUAGAGGUAUGGUGUCUGGUGCUGGGAUUGGUCCAAUGUGCCCCCCUGGACAUAUGAUGGGAAGACCAGCCAUGUCUUUGCAGCAGCAACAGCAUGGUAUGAUGCCCAACAACACUCUUCACCAUUCAGCCAACCCAUACCAAGGCAUAAUGCCCUCUCAACAACACUCUCACAACACUAUGGCACAGCACAACAUGAUGAUGAUGAUGCAGGCCAAGCAACAAGGUUUGGCUUUUCCAGGUGAUCCCUUCGGUCCCCAAGGACCUCUAAUGUGCCCUCAGGGUCCAAUGAUGGGCCCGCCCCAACCAGGCAUGAUGGGUCCUCAGUCAAUCAGACAAAGGGGAACACCUUUGGACAGUCCAAUUAGCUAUGGAUCAGGGGGUAUGGCCAAUAUACCAUUCUAAUAAAUACAACAUUAUGUUAGCACUGGAUUAAUACUGUCCAUUUAUGUGACUAAAUAUUUACAUAAUUUAAGAAAAAAUAUAAAUUGUAAAGAUGAGGUAACAAAGAUGAUCAGAUUUUAAACUAUUAAUCUGAAGCCAUUUAAAAAUGUAAUAUAUGUAAAUUUGCAAUAUAAUUGUUGUGCAGAGUGGCAGUAAGGAGAGUGCCUCAAAUUUCUAUUUGUUUUGAUGCUAUUGAUUUAUUUUCUCAAAGCUAAUGUGCAAAAGAGUAAUAGAAAAAUAUAAUAUAUACCUGCUGUAUAUAUCAUGCAAUUUGUGAUUGUUUUUUGCAACUGUUCUGUAUAACUGUGUUUUAUUAGAAGUCAAAUAUAGUACAACAACCUCUGAA